AUGUCCUGGCCGCUGUUGGAUAUCUGCCCAGGGUAUUGGCGUAAUUAUGGGACCGAGGGCAUUCUCCUCAUCAAAUACGUACUGUUAUUCUUCCACGAUCUGCUGAGACUACAAAGCAUACUAGCAAAAGUGGAUGGCGAUACGUUUCACAUCCUCCAUCUUCUUCACAAACACUACCUUCCGGCCGAUCUGCCGGUGGCCAUGACUUCUGGCCAGUUCAUGCAAUCUGCUACAGACCUCGACCACACCGGCGUAAAGUUCGAAUCCCACAAUGCCAAAAGCCAAUUGCAGCUGCACAAUGCCAGAAUUAGCCCAUUCCAGGUCGAAUUCCAAGCUCCUUGCGGCGUUAAAAGUUGGUGGUUUUUCAAAGCUUGUUUCAAAAUUUCGACGCUGCACAUCAACGACUCGACGGAGCUGUUCCUGAGAAAUCUCAUCGCUUUCGAGCAGUGCUGCCCCCUCAUUAAGAGGUACGUUACGUCGUACGCGUUCGUCAUGGACAAGUUGAUCAACACCGCCAAGGACGUGGAUGUGCUCCAAAAAGCUGGGAUUGUAUGCAACUAUUUGGGGUCCCAUAAAGACGCUUCUGAACUGUUCAAUAAGCUGUGCUCUGAAGUUGCAAUCGGGGACUUCUACUUCUCGGAGACGUGCGAGAAGGCCGACAAAUACAGCCGUCGGUGUUGGUCGCAGGCUGUGGCACAUAUGAGGCGGAACAAUUUUGCGACCCCAUGGGCAUACAUCGCUUUCUGCGUUGCUUUCCUCGUUUUCUUCUCUUCUUUGAUUGUUCAAGCACCUAACCUUACAAAUGCUUUUUAG